GGCUGGCCUUCCUUUUGAGCUCGAUUUACUUCCGCCCUGUCUCGCGUAAUACCUUUGGCGUUUUGUCCAGACUUGACUAAUACUUUAGUGUACAAAUUGGGAGAGCACACACUGCACAAUGCUGGCUACAAUCCGCAAGCAACUCAAAACCCACCCAGCUCUGAUUCCACUCUUGUUCUUCAUUGCCGGCGGCACGGGCAUGUCCUUGCUGUAUCUUGCUCGUCUGGGCAUGAGGAACCCAGAUGUCUGCUGGGAUCGCAAGAAUAACCCCGAGCCCUGGAACAAGAUGGCCCCCACUGAUCAGUACAAGUUCUAUGCCGUGAACAUGGACUACAGCAAACUGAAGAAGGAAGGCCCUGACUUCUAAACCUGUCCCGUCUGCCGGACCCAAAGCACACUGAUUGGCUGAUCUCUUUGGACUUCUUCUGGGAUUCUGAGGGUUGCAGAGGCGAAACCCCGCACAAUGUUUCACACAGUUUGCUCAUUGCAUCCCCUCUUUAAAACCUUUUGUUUCUCCUCUUCCGUUUUUGGAUGGCUGUCAAUAAAGUGAAAGGAGUCUUUUCUCCUGUUUACAGAGAAAAGAA